UGAAUUGAAUUAUAAUUUGUGCUAGAGAUAUGGAAGUGAGAAAAAUAACAUCACACAAUCAUCAUCAUCAUCAUCAAGACUGCCCUGAAUCGGAACUUUAGAACAUCCGUCAUAAAUCCGUAUGAUACCAUUUAUUUUCCUGAUAAGAAAUUUAAAUAAUAAUGUCUUCAGACCCAGCCAAAGUUUCACGAUGGUAUUUCGGAGGUUUGGCUUCAGCAGGGGCGGCCAGCAUCACUCAUCCACUGGACUUGCUCAAAGUACAAAUGCAAACACAAAAAGGGAAAUCAGAUUCCUUACUCAAACUCACUGGAAAUGUUUUAAAAAAACAUGGUAUUAUGGGCCUAUACUCCGGCAUAUCAGCCUCAAUCACGCGCCAGCUUAGUUACUCCUCAGCCCGUUUUGGAAUAUAUGAAGUUUCUAAACAGUACUUUGCACCAAAAGAUGGCAGUGCAUUACCUUUCUACAUGUCUGCAUUCCUAGCUGGGCUGGGGGGGUUGGCAGGAGGUCUCGUAGGAAAUCCCGCGGAUUUAGUCAAUGUACGCAUGCAAAAUGACGUCAAACUCCCUAAGGAAAAUAGACGAAAUUACAAAAACGUGUUCCACGGGAUGUAUUCCGUAGUCCGGAAAGAGGGAGUGAUGCAGCUGUGGGCCGGGGCUAGCAUGAAUUGCAGCCGAGCAGUUCUGAUGACCAUUGGCCAGCUCUCCUUCUAUGACCAAAUCAAAGAAUUGCUUCUGUCCACUCCGUACUUCGGGGACAAUAUUGUCACGCAUGUCACUUCCAGUCUUUGCGCUGGUGGAAUAGCAACAACGCUAACACAGCCGGUCGACGUGCUCAAAACAAGGGCAAUGAACGCGAAGCACGGAGAAGUGAAAGGUCUGUUAAGCCUCGUAGCAAGUACGGCCAAAGAAGGCCCCAUAGCGUUCUAUAAAGGGUACAUUCCAGCGUUUGCGCGACUCGCACCUCACACCAUUCUCACAUUCGUGUUCUUAGAACAGCUUAGAAUAAACUUUGGAUAUAUCAAAGGGAAUUAGGUUUAAUUAGUCAAUGUUGAGACGUAGACAAUCUGGUCCGGGAGAUCCUUAUCGUUUUACCUACGAUUUCGGCGAAAUAUUACGGCGAAAAUAACUGAAUUUCAAAAUUAUUACGGUUGUCUUUAUUCUUCUGAAAACCGUGGAAACUUCAAAGACUACAGGCUGUUAUUUCUAAAUCUUUGUAGAUACAUUUUAGAAGCAUUUAGUGACAUGAACAUUAUAAAAUAACAGCCUUUAUUUGUAAUCAUGGAUAAGGGUAAACUAUUGUAUCCGAAUUUCAAUAGCAAAUAAAUAGAAACAGUAACUUUGAACGAACGAAUCGAAAAAAUAGUAUUUUAAAGUUCUAACUAAAGUAAGUAGCCAAUUUUUUUCCAGCUAAUCAAUUUAUACAUAUUUAUUUAUUCGUAAUCCGUAAGUAGCUACUUUUUUUUCUUACAACUAGCCAGUCUUCCCGACGUACCCAUAUUUGCUCAAAAUCGAACCAAAUACAUUAUCUUUAUGAUAAUGUAACAACAUAUAUACCUAUUACUGAAUAAAUGAUAUGAUAUGAUAUGAUAUAAAUCUAAUGUACAAUUAGGUACUUUAAGGAUAAUUCAAAUGUUCCUAUUUUUUUUAUUUGAGCAUACCUACACUAAAUCAUACUAAUCACUUAUAAAUCGCCUAUAUUAUUUUUAUAUACCUUUCACAAAUAUACAAGAUAGAUAGACACGGACGGGCAUACCGUUUAGUUAUUUCCAUAUAAUACAUAUAUUUAGAGUAGAUACUUGGUAUCUAUUAUUUUAUAUUAGACGUAAAAGUGUCAUCCAUCACAAGUGUUUAAUACACAUAUCCUUCCAGUAGCCAUACAAACAAAACAACAACCCUGUUAACUGACCAUAAGUCUGGAAUAAGCUAACUGCCAAGCUAUGUCGCAAAUAUCCUGCUUAUGUUAUUCAAUGUUAGCAGUUAUAAAAAAAAACCCCCUUGUCAAAAAUAACUCUAUAAGAGGCUAUCUUUACUAUAAUCAUUAAAUCGUCACUUACCCUACAGUACCCUACUUAGUUCGAGUUAUACCUAACGCACGGAGUUACCUACAGCUCUGUCAAACAGGGGAAAAACUACAGUAUAAAUAAACCCGUUUAUUUACCCCACCCCUUGUGAAUGUCAUAGAUAUUUACUUUUCUAACAAUGGCCCUCCCUCGUAAACACUAAAAUUUAUUUUCUAUUGGGUCUACACUGACUGUGUUUGUGUUGCACAACGACUUGUUGCCAGUUCAACCUUAUUUUGUAGGGUUACAAUUGAUAGCACAGACUGUGCAAGUGUUAUUUUAAACGUCAUAUAAUUUCAAAGAAGUUUACAUACAUACAUACAUAUAAUCACGCCUAUUUCCCGGAGGGGUAGGCAGAGACCACAGAUUUCCACUUGCUACGAUCCUGACAUACCUCUUUCGCUUCCUUCACUUUCAUAACAUUCCUCAUACACGCUCGCCGGUUUAGGGUGCUCUUGACCUGGCCUUUCUUCAGGAUUUCCCCGAUCUGAUCAGAGAAAGUCCGCCGAGGUCUGCCCCUUCCAACUCCCGUUUCUACCUCUCCCUUAUAUACUCUCUUUGUUAGCCUCCUUUCACUCAUUCUUUCCACGUGUCCAAACCAUCUCAACAUACCUUUCUCAAUUUUUGUCACUACAUCUUCGCUCAGUCCACACUUUUCCCUUAUCACACUGUUCCUAAUUCUAUCUUGUAAUCUCACCCCACAUACACUUCUCAACGCUCUCAUUUCCACUGCAUUGACUUUUCAAAGAAGUUUGACUUUUAAAAUAACACUUGUACAGUCUGUGCUAUCAAAAUCGCUGCCAACUUAGCUUGGUCUAACUCUACGUAGUUAUACAUACCGACUCCGCUUCUUCAAUUCCGUUACCAAUAGGUACGAGAGAUUAGGGUUAGGGUAUCCGUUUGUUUUUUGGCUAAUUUCCGCAAAUUAAAUAAUGAGAGUUGCUAACGACAAUUGUUAACACGGACGGACAGAUUUCUGCAACUCUACGAUUGCACCUAUUUUGCGUGAGAGACUAGUGCUAACGACUAUAAAUGUUGUAUGUGUGUUUUAUUUAGUUUAUUAAAAUGUGUGUAGUCGCAAAAGGAAAUAAUCUAUAGAAUCAAUCAAUCGUCACGGUAUGUAAUUAAUUGCACAGUGACACAUAUAUUUUGUUUAGUUUUCGUGCACGUGCACUUAGGCAUUUUAUUAGUUUUGACGUUAGUUUUGAGUUCAUGUUACCGAAAGAGAAGAGUCGUAGAAUGUAUUGGAUCCCAUACAUUUCACGACUGAUCUCUUUCCGCACAGACUACAAAUAAUUUGCGUUAUUUUAUUAUUAUCUUAUGUGUAGGUAGGUACAAAAUGUGCCCUUUGGCCGAAUUUGUUCAUUCCUGCAGGUCAUUUCAUAUUUGUAAGUAAAUAUUUUUGUUACUUAAUCAUGUUUAUGUCAAAUGUUUUUAAUUUAUUUUUGUUAUCGUGUUGGUCACAUGUUAUACAUUUACUUUGAAGUUGUUUUAUAAAAACACUUAUAUAUAGCCUAAGAAUAUUUUGAUUCCAUGUCUGUUAAUGGUUGUUACUGAAAACUUUAAAAGUUUAGCUGAUAUAUAUGUUAAAAUAUAUGUGUAAUGAUUAUAAAA